UUAAAAAAAAAUAAAUUCAAUUAAAAACCAAAAAUUUUAAAAUUUACGCAUAAUUAAUAAAAAAAUAAAAAUGUUUUCAUCAAUGGAUAAUUUUGAUUUUGAAACAUCAAUGGUACGUCAUUUUUUUGAAGGAUCACAUGCAACAAAUGGUUCAAAUUCUAGUUCAGAUUUCUUUUUUGCUGAUGAAAAUAGUUCUGAUACAGAUAAUUAUAGUAGUGGUUUUAAUAGUGAUCAAGAAAAUACUGAAGAGAAAAGGACACCAAAGAGUCGUCGUUUAAAAUGUGCAUCACAACAAGCUCAACAAAGACAAGCAGCAAAUUUAAGAGAAAGAAGACGUAUGCAAAGUAUAAAUGAAGCAUUUGAAGGUUUAAGAUCACAUAUACCAACAUUACCAUAUGAGAAACGUUUAAGUAAAGUUGAUACAUUAAAAUUAGCAAUUGGUUAUAUAGCAUUUUUAAGUGAUAUUGUACGUAAAGAUAAAAAUGGUAAUGAUACAGGAUUAAGUGGAUUACAAAGAAAUCAAAUUAAAGAGCCACCAAAGAAAAUUAUUUUAAGAGAUCGAAGUAUAGGUAUGACACAUUCACUGUCUUGGCAUAGAAAAGGUGAUCGAUAUCCUGGAACAAAAUUAUAUGCACGUACAUGGAUACCAGAAGAUCCACGUUUAAAUCGAAAUUUAAAUAAUAAUCAACAAUCAUUAAGUCAACAUUAUAUAAAUCAUUUAAAUGGUAAUACCAGUAACUGUUCAUCAAAUAUUAAUAACGGUGGAAUCUAUACAAAUACAGGAAUAUAAAUUUUUUUUCGCAAAUUUUUUUUUUUGUUUCUUGUUUUUUAAUUAUUUAAUUAUUAUAAAUAUUUUUUAUUUAUGUAUAUUAUGUAAAAAAAUAAUGUGUCCUAUUUAUGUAUAUAAAAUGAAGUAUUAAGUAUACUUUAAAUUAGAAGCUACCCUAUGGAAGAAGUGCUAUGAUCUCAACCUUAUUUGUAUAAUAAUUAUGUAUAUGUAUGUAUAGUAUAUUUUUUAUUAAAAUUAUUUAUAUUUAUACAAAACUGUGUUAAUUUUAUAAAAUUUAAGUUAAAUCAUACAUAUAUAUUGCA